AUGGCUCCAUUAUUUACAGCAUAUGUAGGAAAUUUUGGUCGGAAUCAUCUUUCAGCUCAUGGUUACAAGAUUAUGGAGAUCGAUUACAAGGGUCAUCUCGUAAUAAAUGCUUCUUCUAUCAGAGCCUAUUCUUGUAACACAAGCAUCAGUGCGUCAAGCUUAUUUCAGCUACCUCUUGGUGGGCCAUUCACUAUUUCCAUGUCCAAUAAGUUCGUGGUUAUUGGCUGCAAAUCGUUCGGUACAUAUGGCUCUGAUUGGGGAGGGGCGAGCUGUAUAUCUUCCUGUUCCGCUGCCUCUCUAAGUAAUUCGCCAUAUUGCCGCUAUGGGUGUUGUGAAGUUACCCUUCAAAAUAAUUAUGUGUGGUUAAAUAUCACGGGUGGAGGUGCGUAUCGCUUGUUCAAUUCUACUACGAAGAAGAAAGAUAGGAAGUGUGGCUUCUCCACCAUAUUGGACCCUUCAACAUUCACCAUAGUAGACAAUAAAACAAACCUCUUUUGGGAUGAUGGUGAGAAGGCUUAUUUUGGUCUCCGCCUUAACUGGGGAAUCGGGCAAAAGAAUUGCUCUGCGGAUAGAGCAACUACCGAAUAUUCUUGCUCCUCCAACGCAGAAUGCAUCGACUCCCCUACAAGAACAGGGCAUGUAUGCAAAUGUCCCCUUGGAUAUGAAGGAAAUGGUUACGUGAAUGGCACACAUUGCACAGACAUUGACGAAUGCAGUAAUAAAAGCUUGAAUGCGUGCGUGGAACCAUCAAAGGGUGGUGUAUGCCAUAAUUUGGAAGGCUCGUACAACUGUUCAUGUGCAAAGGGUUACACUGGAGAUGGCUUCCAAGACAGGUUGAGAUGCGACUCGGAAAGCUCAAAUCAUGGUGCCUUUCCUGCAAUCGCAGGAUCCGUCUCUUCGUUUGUGGUUGUCUCUUUAGCAGCGUCUCUUUUGAUUUGGUGGCUAAAGAAACGCCACUUGAAACUUGUGGAGGCCAAGUAUUUUCAACAGCUGCAGCAAUACAUAACUUCUAGAGUUGGGAGAGAAAGCCUGAGAAUGUUUUCUGCCAAAGAAUUGGCAAGAGCUUCUAAUUAUUAUUCAAGUGAAAUGGUUUUGGGUAGUGGUGGCUUUGGAACUGUAUUCAAAGGCAUUCUAUUGGAUGGUACUCUUGUGGCCAUUAAAAAGUCCAAGCAAGCUUUCAGUCUAGAGGAUGGCCAUGACUUUCUUAAUGAAGUCGCAAUUCUCUCUCAAAUCAAUCAUAGGAACAUAGUGAAAUUGUUAGGUUGUUGUAUCCAAACUAAAUUCCCAAUGUUGGUAUCUGAAUUCGUUCCGAAUGGAACAUUGUUUGAACAUUUACAGUCCAAGGAAGAGUGUUUGCCUUGGGCUUCACGUCUGCACAUUGCAAUCGAGACGGCGGAGGCUUUGGCAUAUCUACAUUCUGGAGCAUCUCAACCCAUUUUCCACCGGGAUGUAAAAUCAUCUAAUAUUCUUUUGAAUGAGACAUUUUCUCCCAAAGUUGCAGACUUCGGGAUUUCUCGUCUCAUCUCUGCUUCCAAUAACACACAUCUCACCACUAAUAUAAUGGGCACAAGGGGUUACUUAGAUCCUGAGUACUUCCAAACGUAUCAACUCACCGACAAAAGUGAUGUGUACAGUUUUGGUGUUGUCCUGGUUGAGCUUAUAACAGGUCUGAAACCACUGAGUGCAGAAAGGAUCAGUGAAGAGUGGAGCUUAUCUACCCUUUUUCUUAACAGAAUCAACCACAACCGCCUCAGGGAAAUCCUAGAUAGCAAAGUAUUGGAGGAGGAAACCUUGCAACAGAUGGAAGAUAUUGCAAGAUUAGCAAGAGAAUGCCUUUAUUUGGAAAGGAGGAAAAGACCGUCGAUGAAAGAGGUCGUGGAGGAACUUUUGUGGGUAAGAGGCGGCGCAAGAAAGAGAAAAGUCCCUAACAGUAUAAAUUGGGACGGUGCAAUAUUUGAGCAGACAAGCAUUUGUCAAGAAGACUCACAAACGUCAUACAAAUUCAGGAGCUACACAUUUCCAUCUGCAAUUGAGAGUACAUCGGAGGAGCCAUUAAAUGCACUGAUUGAGAUGUCCACCCUGCCCAAAUGA